UUUUUUUUUUUCCCUACCUAAGCUGAUAGCCCUAGCGGCUGUCAGCGUAACCCUAACUUUAGUAGGUGAGCUCACGGGGCUCAAACCUGACGAUGUUGCUAACACGAACCCUAGCAAGAGCCGUGCUUCGCAGAAUCUACCACCGGAUCGGAAACGCGACCCACUGAGAAGAUCCGGCGAGAAACUCAGUGGGCUGUGUCUGAGAGUUAAUUUACUCGUCGAGCCCUUCGUCGCAAGCGACGGGUUCGACGAGAACGGUGACCGGUGCUUUAAGUACCUAAAAGCACCGUUAGUGGAUCAGGAGGAUCCGAGAUGACGUGUUUUGGGCGACGUCGACUGCUUUCCAUUCUGUCCGCAGGAUCGGGAAUGUAGUUACCAGCGGCCACGAUGAGAGGGUUCUCGUGUCGUGCCGCUUUAUCGAAGUGGACAGUUAUCAAUCAUUCAAUAACACACAUCAUUCACUUUAAUCAUUCAAACCAACCAACAUUUUUUUUCCUCCAGAAAAUUUGGUAUAAGUAUUCAUAGUAGUAAGUAGUAACUAUGCUGUUUCCCUAGAUCACUGAUAUUUUUUUGCCUAUCUUUCAAUGCCCUUGAAGAAGUGGAGCGUAUGGAAGCCCAAUUAUUUUCAGUUAACCUCUUGGGUAUUGCAUUUUUACCCUACCAAGAAGUUGUUCAAACUUUGGAAAAAGGAUAAUAGUAAGUCUGUUGGCGCAACAACUUGUGUGUAUGGUGGAUGCAAAAACUUCCAUCCAUACCUCUUGUAGCUUAAAGACGGUCGAUUGUACCAUAUGAGGUUGAGCGUUGUCAUAUAGGAGAAGUGUGGACAAGCGAUUAAGAAGGGCAGGCUGGAGAUACAAAAGCUUCUUCAUCAUUGUAUCCUGUUCCUCACCAUACACAUCUGUAGUAAUGAUGCUAUUUGGUAGGAAGCUGUGAUGAAUUAUACCAGAACAAAGCCACUAAACAGUGAACAUGACAUAUUUAGAGAUAGAUUUUCAUUUGAGGCAUUGCCUUUGUACUGAACCUCUAGUCCAUGUAAUGUCCGAGUGCAAUAAUUAUUCUAGCGCCCUCUAGUAAGCGUGCAAUCAAGUUGGACUAGGAACAAAUCUAACUGCACCAGGAGGACGGGACGGCGCGUCGGCGGCUGCGGACUGCGAUGCGGUCCGCAUUUUCGUCGUCGCUGUCGUCGCCGAACAUACUGUUGAAGAGCAACCCGGUCGGCGGUGUAUCGCGUUCCGACCCGGCAGGCUGGUUCUGGCCCAGCGGGGUAUCCCGGAACACCAGCGGCACCACCCGGGCGGCCUGGUAGGGCCGCCGUACCGCGGAGACCGACGUCGUUGGUCGUCGACUAUCGCCUCGACGACCCGUCGGUCGGGCGUCCUCGGGGUGGCGCCGCGUGUCUGGUUGUAGUGUUGACCGCGGGAACCCCCCUACACUGAACGGGUUCUGACCCCGGACGGAGAUCGGACGUCGGGUGUAAGAGUGCAGGGGAGUCGUUUGGUGGGUGGGCCCUAAAAUCCUUGGGCCCGCGAUCUGCUCUCAACACCUGCAGAUCGCUGAGUCUCACAUACCCCGCGCGCCCCCUAGGCGCGGGGACCUCGUAGGAGGUUCGGCCCCCGGCCCGAAAAAAAAAAAAAAAAAAAGGAACAAAUCUAACUGAUUCAUUAAGAAUGCAGAGGCCGGUGCACCCUAAAACCGCAGCGCGCAUCUGCAACUCACACACACCUCGCACCAUAGGUAAAGUCGCCUCUAGUUCUGAAUCAGGGUGUGUUUGCAACCCGCUUGAUGACCGCUUAUGAUUAUAAACAAUAAUCCAUUUUUCAUCGCAAAUGACCAGCUUGAUGUGACCGCUUAUGAUUAUAAACAACAUAAUUCAUCGUAGAUGACAAUAUGCUUCAAGAUACCCUAAUGGGGUGACGAUCGUUCAGUUCGUGUGGGGGUGCCACAUAUCAAGUUUUGCCCACCAACUUGACCCAAAUGAACUAAUAUUCUUCUGAUCCUAACGUUGAAAGCUGCAAAAUGUUUUAAAUCAAAACUUCUGUGCUGAACCGUACAGGCCAAUCGUGCGUUCUUUUGUAGUGUUCUUUCCGUACAUACACAUUAUUUCUUAAAUACCAAACAUAAUAUGAGCCGUUUUGCGGCAUUGCCACGGCGACGGAACUCUCCAUAUUCACUCUUUUCUAUCGUGUACAUAUUGAUGUAAGAUACAUUAUAUUACAAAUGUAGUGAAAACAAAACACUAAUCAACAAACAAAUAACUGGAUUUGAAAAUAGAAUGUCAAACUUCUCGGCAUCCUCCAAAAAGUCCACUGAAAAAGUCUCAGUAAAUGACCACCAUUUUACUGAGAUUAUUUUUCAUCUCAUAACAUCUCAUUUCAAUUCAUUACAUUUCAUUUCAUGCCAUGUUUCAUAGUAAUCAACUUCAUUUCAUUUCAUAAUAUUAAUACAAUUUUUCAUUUUAAAAAAUUCAUUAAAAUUAAAAUAAGACGACCUAAAGGUAUUAGAUACCAAGUCAUAAAAACCUUUAAAAAAAGAUCAAAAGUAAUCAAAACACCCGCUUUGACCAAUUUGAAAAUUUUUAAGUUUCAUUUAAUGUAUUUCGUGUCUUCAAUUUCAUCAGAAUAAUAAAUAAACACAAAAAAUGAGUCGUAAGGAAGCUUUGUCCUCGUUUAUACAGCAGAUUCACGGUCGCCCAGUUGUCGUUAAAUUAAACAGCGGCGUUGACUAUAGAGGUGUUCUAGCGUGUUUAGAUGGAUACAUGAAUAUAGCCUUGGAACAGACCGAGGAAUAUGUAAACGGACAGCUGAAAAAUAAAUAUGGCGAUGCAUUCAUACGUGGGAAUAAUGUUCUGUAUAUAAGUACACAGAAGCGAAGAAUUUAGUUAAGAAAAUACAUGUUAGAUUUUAAGGAAUAAAAAUUAAGUUUCUUUUGUAA